UCUCUCUCUCUCUGCCUUCAUCACGACUUUCUGCCUUUCCUUCUUCCCUUCCCCAUCUCUCCAUUACUUCCUCCCUUCUUCCUUCCUCUCUCCCUUCCUUGAUAGCAUCAUGCCUGCACGUGUGAGGAACGUGAUUUGCUUUGAAGGCUUACAGUUCCUCCUAGCAUGACCGAGAUCUGAUCAGCCAACCCAAGCAUUGUUUCUUGUGCCUGGCACUUCAGUGCUGGGGCCUUUUCCUUGCCCCAAACUACAGCACUGUCAUGGCAGCUGCCUCUACUUCCAGCCCUGUAAUUUCACAGCCCCAGUUCACAGCCAUGAACGAACCCCAGUGCUUCUACAACGAGUCUAUCGCCUUCUUUUAUAACCGGAGUGGGAAAUACCUUGCCACAGAAUGGAACACAGUGAGCAAGCUGGUGAUGGGACUGGGGAUCACUGUCUGUGUGUUUAUCAUGCUGGCCAACCUACUGGUCAUGGUGGCAAUCUACGUCAACCGCCGCUUCCAUUUUCCUAUUUAUUACUUGAUGGCCAAUCUGGCUGCAGCAGACUUCUUUGCUGGAUUGGCCUACUUCUACCUGAUGUUCAACACAGGACCCAAUACUCGGAGACUGACUGUUAGCACAUGGCUCCUCCGGCAGGGCCUCAUCGACACCAGCCUGACGGCCUCUGUCGCCAAUCUGUUGGCUAUUGCCAUUGAGAGGCACAUCACCGUUUUCCGAAUGCAGCUCCAUACACGAAUGAGCAACAGGCGUGUGGUGGUGGUGAUUGUAGUCAUCUGGACUAUGGCCAUUGUGAUGGGUGCCAUACCCAGUGUGGGCUGGAACUGUAUCUGUGAUAUUGAUCAUUGCUCCAACAUGGCACCCCUCUAUAGUGACUCCUACUUAGUCUUCUGGGCCAUUUUCAACCUGGUGACCUUUGUGGUCAUGGUGGUUCUCUAUGCUCACAUCUUUGGCUAUGUCCGCCAGAGGACUAUGAGAAUGUCCCGGCAUAGUUCUGGACCCAGGAGGAAUCGGGACACCAUGAUGAGCCUUCUGAAGACUGUGGUCAUUGUGCUUGGUGCCUUCAUUGUCUGCUGGACUCCUGGACUGGUCUUGUUACUGCUGGAUGUGUGUUGCCCGCAGUGCAACGUCCUGGCCUAUGAGAAGUUCUUCCUCCUCCUUGCUGAGUUCAAUUCUGCCAUGAAUCCCAUCAUCUACUCCUACCGAGACAAAGAGAUGAGCGCCACUUUCAGGCAGAUCCUGUGCUGCCAGCGCAAUGAAAACCCCAAUGGUCCCACAGAAGGCUCUGACCGCUCAGCCUCCUCCCUCAACCACACCAUUCUGGCUGGAGUUCACAGCAAUGACCACUCUGUGGUUUAGAAGGAAGCCAGCCAGCCUCUGUGCAGCUGUGAACCCCCACACCCCAUUGCCAGGGUAAGGUGGGGAGCCAGAGGAGAGGAAGAUGCUCCCGUACUUAAAACACUAACCAACAGCAGUAUUUGUCCCUAGACCCAAGAGACUUGACAUAGCCUGAGGAUGAACCUAUGUGGCAGCCCCCAUCUCCUCCUUUGGAAAAUAGAAAGUAUAUGUCUUGCAGUGGAAUUCAGAAACAGACUCCGGGGUGACCAUGUAGCCUUCACUAACUAGACUUAAAAGAUUUUAUGUGGUUUGGCCUAAGCAAAAAACAAAAAAAAGAAAAAAGAAAAAAAGAAAAAAAUAUCUGCCAAACUGAGUGCACGACUUCAUAUAGGCUUCUCCUUUAAAAUACAAAAUGAAGCAAAAUGAAAAACUGUGGAGGAUGCAUCUCAUUUAAUAAGUAUGCUUAUUCCUAUUAGCAAGUUUGCGACUGAAAAGACUGUCAACUUGACAUAGGAGAAUUUCUUCCACUCUGGAGGAAAACUGUAAAGUAGAGUGAUUUUGUGUUUGUUUAGAAAGCAGGCAUGUGGUGUGUGUGUAUACAGUAUGCUUUUCUUUAAAGAUAAAAGGAUACUAUCUUAAAUCUUCUAGGGGAUAGAAGAAUCUAGUAAAAAAAAUCAGUAUUCAUUUAGACCAUGGAAGAAACAAUAUCCUUACCACUUUACCUUUUAAUGAAGGAUAUUGAAACACACAUGAAAGGCUGGGAAUGUGAGUUUAUCACCCAAAGAGUAUGUGCUCUGAAAACACGAGAGAAGACGCAUGCGGUAGUCUUGUCCCUGCAUCGUUAAGAUACCCAUGUUCAUUCUUAGUGCCAGGACAUCAGCAGAUAUUUUUUUUAAAGCCUGUGGUUUUCCAAGUUAUAAAAUAAUAUGUAUUUUCUACAGAAAACUUGAAAAUUGCAGAACUGUGUGAAAAAGAAUAAAAAAAAGAAAGAUUACUGCUAUUACAACCCAGAAGUAACCAUCUUUACCAGCUCAUGCAUGUAUGCCUAUAGAUAUAUAUUAUACACUUUUUUACAUAAUUGGGAUGAUAUUGUAAAAUGUUUUGUAACUUUUUCUUUCAGAAUUGCCAGGUUUUCCUAUGAUAUAAUUUUUAUUUUUUACAAAAACAGUGUUAGUGGCUACAUAAUAUUCCAUUUAAUGGAUGCAGCUCAGUUUAUUUAACCAUUCCUGUAUUGUUGACUAGUUUUUAAAAUUUUCAUUAUUAUAAUAUUGGAAGAAUAUUGUGUACAUAAAACUUUGCCAGUAUCAUUGAUUAUUUACUUAGGACCUAUUCCCAUGAAGGACCUACUUUUUAAAAUGUGAAAUGUCCUCAUGUAUUUUCACUUUAUAAAAAGGGAUAGCCUACUUUCAAACUGCAGAGUGGCAGUGCUAGAAGUCCUCAAAAUUACCCUUUUACAAAAGAAACACAGUGGUUACUCUAACUGAGAAUGACUUCUUAACAAGAUGUUUCUCAAUAACCAAGAUGCCCUAAUGUAACUAGCAAUUUCACUUUCGUUUUUUGAGAGAAUGGUGGUCCCAUUCUUGGCAGCCAUGACAGUCAUGUAGAGUUGAGGAAAACACAAAGAAAUCAAAUGUUAGAAUCGAGUCCACCAUUGCUGUACUUAGUAGCCUGGGUGGGGUAUGUUAGAAACUGGCUGCUGUGUGGUCUCCAGCAAUUGCCCAAUAGAUGCUUGUGUUGAGAUGCCUGGUACAUUGUCUGGGUGACUAAUGGCUCUAUUGGUGUGCUAUAAGGAGAAAUGAGGAAGAAAUACAGCCCAGAAGCAGGUAUGGGAAGGUCAAGAGGAUGUUUGAGAGAAAGAAGUCCUGAAGACAGUGGCAUUCUGGGAAGGAGGAAGGUGGAGUGCGGCCUUUGUCUGCACAGAAGGAAGACACAUGAAGUGUACCUGUUAGAUACCCAAAGAAAAAGUAGGUGGAGAGCCAGUUAGCAGGAAAAAGAUUUUGCUCAGAGUUUACACAAAAUGCAGAAAAUUUGUACUGGAAAUGAGUGAAAUGAACUUGGACUUUUAUUGAUGCCAUUUUUAUGGGGGAGAAAAGUACUAUUUGAAUUGAAAAGCAUACUAAUUAGACCUUAAUAAAUCAUUUUCAAUCAG